AUGCUGUGUCUAACAAAAUGUAAAAAGCAUUUAAGGAAAGCUUAUGAAGUAAAGACUAUGAACUGGAAUAUCAAAAGUAACAUUGAUAAUAUGCAAAUCGAUGUUGAUGAUAUAUCCAUUCACGAUGACUCCAAUAAUGAUAAUCUUUCUAAUCUGGUAGAGAAUGAUAAAGCUAUAAAUAUUGUAAAAAGGUUGCAAGAAGCAGCAAAAAAAUAUUAUCAAGAACAUACCUAUCAUAAAAGAUGCAGAUUGUUAUAUACUUUUUGGAGUACUGAGAAAUUUACUGAGAAUAUUAAUGUAGAAAUAGAUGAUAGUACUAGUGAGCAGUCAAAUGAUGAAAUUGAGG